AUGAAGGUCCUUCACCUGUUCUGGGCUGCCCUGUGUUUGCUGCUGCUGGUUUCAGGAUCUGCCGCAGGUAAAGUAACAUCUUCAAAGGACUGUGUUAAUUUAAAAGGGACAUGUGAACAUCGAAAAUGUUCCAGCGCCAUGAUUGAAAUUGGAAAAUGCAAUGCAAGGAAGAACUGUUGCAAAGUGUAA